GUCUACUAUGAGAAAUUUUACUGUAUUAUAUUGUUUUUUCUUAAAUUUAUAUAACUAUUUAGGUUGUUGAAACUGUUCAAAAUAUUCCAGAAGCUGCUGCUAAUGCAGCUAGUUUUGUUGGUGAAAAACUUACUGUUGCUGGACAAUGGGCUGCUGAAAAAGCUUCUGAAGUCGGUACAGCUACUAUGCAAUCAGCGCAAGACGCUAUUCAUAGUCUUACUGGAUUGGCAGGCGAAGCUUCAGCGAAGGCCGAAGAAACAGCCGAUAAGGCCAAAGAAAAAGGAGCUGAAUUGAAAGAACAAGCAUCGGACAAAAUUGAUGAAGGAAAAAAAAAAGCUAAUGAAUUAGCAUCUGAUGCUCAAAAGAAAGGACAAGAGCUCAAACAAGAUGCUCAACAAAAGGCUGAAAAAAAUGAACAUCAAAGUAAUGUACAUGUAUCAGCAAAAGGUACUGCUCAUAAUGUAUCAGCAUCAAAUGAUUCUAAUGCACCUCGUUGA